GCGAUUGCAGCAAGAUCUCCAAUUGGACGGCUGAGAGGAUGGUCCACCUGAUCGAGGGAGUCCAACAGAUGAACGGUCAGGAUUCGGUGUAUUUGUAUGAACAGAUGGCUGACUGUGCUCUCUGCUGCGUGAAAUGCGACGGCAAGCGGCUCUGGCUCCGGCAGCAUUGUCUUUGUCGCGGCAAGAUGGUUAGGAGAGGAAGUGUUGCGCAGGACGGAAGACCCACAGAAAGCACCCUCAUUUCCGGAAGCGAUAAAGCUGUGCCUAAAAGCUGCCAUCCUUCACCGGGGGGAGCAAAAUCUUGUCUCCAUCAAAAUCCCGAAGAACCUGCCUCUUUAUCUUCGUCAAAGAUGAAAACACCAAAAAACAGAAGUGCCAUCCUCAGGCGAUCUGCCCGUAUCCAAAGUGCAGUUUUGCCUCGUCAAAACCAGGACUUGGAGUGUGUGAUUGAAGAGAUAAAUGGUAGUGAUAGUGAGAAGGAAGAUGGACAACAUAAUCAAAGUCAUCAGACAGAAAAAACAUCUCGGGGAUCUGACCUUUUGGAGAAAUUUUCUUCAGAGUUAAACUUGGGUGCAAGAAGUUUGGAAGAGAAGGUUGACUAUCUUUUUCAACAGUUGAUGAUGCAAGAAAAGAUUACUAUACUGUUGAAAUCUGAGGCCAACAAGAGAUCCUCUCCAAGUCAUAAUUCUCCUGUGGGUAAUGCCAAAUACAAGAGCCUGUACAUAGACUCACAAAAGAAGAUUGAAGCCUUGAAAGAUGAGAACUUCCAUCUUGCCAAGAAGUUGGAAAAUGUUGUUGGAAAACUUGAUGCGUAUGAGAAGAUGACUCAUUUAGUCUCAGAAAUGUUGGAGAAAAUGAAGGAUGUGAUCUUAGUUUCAAGACAGACAAGCGCUACUGAAACAGCCUUCAACCUAUCAUCCCUUUUCGGGGUUUGUACUUCCCCAGGGCCUGUUAACGAAGCUAGACCAGCUCCCAAGAGGAAGAAAGUCACUAAAGCAAGUAGAAAAGCUGAAAAUUCAGCAUAAUGUCUAGGUUGCCUGGCAAAUCUUUGGAGAUAAAAGUGGUGGUUUGAAAAUUCUACAUAUUCUCUGCUUAUUUAUUUUUUAAUUACUAGAGGAUCCCGCCUGCUUGCACAUCAAUUUUUUUUUGGAAUACGCACCGGGUAUCCACGUGUCCGUUUUACGGUCCACGUGACUAAUCCUACGUCUCUUGAAGUUGACCCCACAACUCCAAAGGGAGGGUAAAUUCAGGAGUCUAGGGGCGGAAACGAACCCGGAAGGGUUUGAACAUCUGACCUCGUGAAAGACACUCCCACAGCCCGCACUACCACCUGAACCACGCUCUGGGAGUCUUGCACAUCAAUUUUAGAUAGUCUUUCAGUGUGCUACAAAGGCUGUGAUGUGCACAACUUGAUAUACUAUGGAUGGUUUUGAGGCUAACUUAAUGCUUAUCAGUGAACUAUAAUGUACCUUCGUAUUUUUGGUGUUUGCUUUAA